AUGUCACAGGCUCUGCAGCCGCAGUGGGGAGCGGAGCGGCUCGGGCUCAGCCAGGUGCAGGGAGUGACCCGCGGCGCCCCCCAGCCAGCACUGCCCGGAUUGAGGGGCCCCAGCCCCCGGCGAGGAUGGCUCCCAGGCGGGGCCGGCUGCUCCGGCUCUGGCCCCUGCUGCUGGGCCUGGCCGCAGCCCUCACCAUCCCCAAGGAGUACGAGAUGCACAACCUGCGGCAGCCCCCGGAGAUGACAGAGCAGCCGGCGGAGAAGCUGGUCGUGUUCCCCAGCGACGACAUUGUGCUGCGGUGUGAGGCCACCGGGACCCCCUCGAGUGAGUUCCGCUGGACGAAGGGCGGGCGCUGGUUCGACCCGCGCCAGGAGGCCGGGGUGACGGUCGUCGAGGGCUCAGGGACCCUGUAUGUGAACAACAGCAACGCAGGGCGGCACCAGGGCGUCUAUCGGUGCUACGCCAGCAACGACCUGGGCACGGCCAUGGGGCCGGAGAUCCGCGUCAUCGCCGAGAGCACCCCCCAGUGGCCCAAGGAGAAGGUUUCACCGUUGGAGGUGGAGGAGGGGGAGUCUGUCAUCCUGCCCUGCAACCCCCCUGCCAGCGCCGUGCCCCCCAAAAUCUACUGGCUGAACAGCCGCAUCGUGCACAUCGCGCAGGACGAGCGGGUCGCCAUGGGGCAGGACGGGUACCUGUACUUUGCCAACGUGCGGCGCUCGGACUCGCACCCCGAUUACAUCUGCCACGCCCAUUACCUGGGCCCCCGAACCAUCAUCCAGAAGGAGCCGAUCGAGCUGCGCGUCCGGCCCACCAACUCGGUGAAGUUUCGCCAGCCCCGGCUGAUGGUGCCGCCAGGGGACAGCAGCUCCCACGUCGCCCUGCGCGGCUCCAGCCUGGCCCUGGAAUGCAUCGCCGAGGGCUUCCCCACGCCCACGGUGGAGUGGAUCCGUCUGAACGGCCGCCUGCCCGCGGGGCGCGUGGCCCUGGAGAACUUCCAGAAAACCCUGCGGAUCCGGGACGUGGUGGAGGAGGACGAUGGGGAGUAUCAGUGUCUCGCCCGCAACACGCAGGGCACCGCCCGCCACAGCUACACCGUCACCGUGGAAGCCGCCCCCUACUGGGCCCAGCAGCCCCACAGCCGGGUGUACGGCCCCGGGGAGAACGUUCGGCUCGACUGCUCCGUCUACGGGAAACCGAACCCCCUGGUGUCCUGGAGGAUCAACGGCGUCCCCUGGGCAGAGCUGGCGCCGGACCCGACGCGGACGCUGCGCUCGGGGGCCCUGAUCCUGAGCCAGGUGCAGCCCAACGACUCGCUGGUGACACAGUGCGAGGCCGUGAACCGCCACGGCCGCCUGCUGGCCAACGCCUACAUCUACGUCAUCCAGCUGCCGGCGAGGAUCCUGACCCCAGACAAGCAGCGCUACGCCGUGGUGGAGAACCAGACGGUGUCCCUGGACUGCCAGACCUUUGGGGCGCCCAUGCCCAGCGUGGAGUGGUUCACCAGGCGGAUGGAGCCGGCCCUGCAGGAUGAACGAGCCUUCGUCCACACCAACGGUACCUUGCGCCUGAGCCGGGCCCAGCGCCAGGACACCGGCACCUACGUCUGCCUGGCCCAGAACGACCAGACCAACGUCACCAUCAGCGCCUGGCUCGAGGUCAAAGGCGCGACGCGGAUCGUGCUGGGCCCGCAAGGCGCCGUGGUGAAGAAAUCCAGCAACGUGACCUUCCAGUGCCGGGCGCGGUUUGACGAGACGCUGCAGGAGCGCAGGGUCGAGUGGCGGCGGGACGGACGCCCCAUCCGGGAGUCGGACGACAGUGACAAGUACACCAUCGAACCCGGCUGGCUCCGGAUCUCCGGCGUGGACUACGCGGACCAGGGCGUGUACAGCUGCCGGGCGCACACGGAGCUGGACGCGGCAGAGGAGAGCGCCGAGCUGCGGGUGGUGGGCCGCCCCGGGCCGGUGUCGGAGCUGCAGGUGUCCGAGCCCCAGGAGCGCUGGGUGAAGCUCAGCUGGACCCCGGGAGACGAUCACAACAGCCCCAUUGAGAAGUUCGUGGUGGAGGCGGAGGACGGGCUCGGGCCCCGGCACCUGGCGGGACGUCAGCACCGUCCCUGCCCCCAGCCCUGGGCCCAGCUGCACCUGGCGCCUUACGGCGACUUCCGCGUCCGAGUCCGCGCGGCCAACGAGUUCGGGCGCGGGGAGCCCAGCGCCGCCUCCGCCCCCGUCCGCACCGGCCCGGCGGCCCCCGAGCGUUACCCCGAGGGGGUGGCCGGCGAGGGGAACACGACCAGCAACAUGCUCAUCACCUGGAAGCCCCUGAACAAGUCGGACUGGAACGCCCCCGAGCUCAGCUACCGGGUGCAGUGGCGGCGUCUGGGCGAGGGGGGGAGCUGGAGCGAGGAGACAGUCAGUGGCCCCCCCUUGCUGGUAACGAGGACCCCCACCUUUGUCCCCUACGAGAUCAAGGUGCAGGCCGUGAACCCCAUCGGCAAGGGGCCCGAGCCCCCCACUGUGGUGGGGUACUCUGGGGAGGAUGUGCCCCAGGUGAACCCCGAGAACGUGGGGGUGGAAAUAAUCAACAGCACCAGCGUCCUCGUCAGCUGGACCCUCCCCAGCAGAGACCAGCUGCGGGGUCAUCUCCGGGGGUUCAGGGUGUUUUACUGGCGGCUGCGCAGUGUGGGGGAGCGGAGCCGGCGCCAGGCCCGGGCCCAGCCCCCCCCGCAGGUGCUGACGGUGCUGGGGGAGGCGUCGCGGGCCCGGCUGGGGGGGCUGCGCCCCUGGAGCUGGUAUCGCCUCUACGUGGUCGUGUUUAACGGGCGCAGCGACGGGCCGCGCAGCGAGGACAUCGACUUCAGCACCCCCGAGGGAGUGCCCAGCCGCCCCAGCUCGCUGCUCCUGGAGCGGGUGUCGGACACGGUGCUGGCUCUGGAGUGGUCGGCCCCCCAGUUCCCCAACGGGGCGCUGACCGAAUACCUGCUGCAGUACCAGCAGGUGAAUGGGUCGGAGCUGGGCCCCCUGCACGAAAUCUCCUUCCCCGUCUCCCAGCUGAACGGGACGCUGGCCCGGCUGGCCCCCCGGGCCCGGUACCGGUUCCAGCUGCGGGCGCUGACCCGGGCCGGGCAGGGCGAGCCGCUGGUGCAGGAGGGCAGCACCCUGCCCGAGCCAGUGCUCCCCACUUUGGAGAACAUCAGCGUCUCGCUGGUGGGGCCCGAUUUCACCGUCUUCACCUGGGUCCCGGGCCGGCCCCAGGCCAGCGUGGAGUUCGAAAUCCAGUUCAUGAGCAAAUCCAUGGCCGAGCCCUGGCGCACGUCCGGCCAGGCCAACUCCACCCACGGCUCCUACCGGCUCCUCCACCUGCAGCCCGGCACCUCCUACCGCGUCCAGUUCGUGGGGCGCGACCCCUCGGGGGGGAACGUCUCCUUCUGGGAGAGCGAGGUGGAGACCAACGGCAGGCUGCUGGCGACCGACCAGCGCAGCUUCGCCACCGAGGGCUGGUUCAUCGGCUUCAUCUGCGCCGUGGUGCUGCUGCUGCUGCUGCUGCUCGUCCUCUGCUUCGUCAAACGCAGCAAGGGCGGGAAGUACUCGGUGAAGGACAAGGAGGACACACAGGUCGACUCUGAAGCCCGACCCAUGAAGGACGAGACGUUCGGGGAGUACAGAUCCCUGGAGAGCGACAACGAGGAGAAGCCGUUCGGCAGCAGCCAGCCCUCGCUCAACGGGGCGCUGCCGGCGCUGGGCAGCGAGGACAGCCUGGCUGACUACGGGGGCAGCGUGGACGUGCAGUUCAACGAGGACGGGUCCUUCAUCGGCCAGUACAGCGGCCACACGGGCAAGGAGCCGGCCGGCAACAACAGCUCGGGGGCCACCAGCCCCACCACCGCCGCGGCCGCCCUGGAGUAGGGGGCGCACCCUCCCCACGCCGGCCGAGCCCCCUGGGGAAUAGGGGAGCCCCUGCCUGCCCCAUGGGAAUGGGGGGGCUGGGGUUGCCCCCCCAGCUGGGAAAUAGGGUCCCCCCUCCUGCCCCAGGGGACAUGGGGGUUCAUGCACCCCCACCUCCUCCCCAUCCCUGAAUCCCAGGGGGGAUCCCUGUUAGCUUCCCCCCUCCUGCCCCCAGAACAUGAGGGGGGUAAUUUAAGGGAACCCCCCUUAGCCCCCCCCGAAUGUCACCCCCCUCCUCCAGGGAAGCUGGGAUUUUCUCUCCACCCCCCCCCCGAAGCAUCAUUUAACUUCUGCAUGUGAUGGGCCAAAAAGCUUGGGGGAGGCGAGGGGUUAAGGGGGGGGCUGGGGGGGCUCUGUACCCAGGGUUAAUAUUUGCCAAAAAAUAGACCCCCCCCCAAGUCUCUCCAUGUUUUAAUCAUUCUGGGCUCAGACUCUGCCCCACCCCUGGGUGUGAGACUGAGUAGCCGGGGGAGGGGUGGGCUGGGAGCCCGGACUCCUGGGUUCCAUCCUGGGCCCUUUCCCGGCGUUUACACCAGGUGGCUUCCUUUCAGCUGGGGGGGGGGUGAACAUUUCCCCCUAAUUCUGACCCUCCCCCGGCCCCGGGGGCGGGGCUGUUCAAACCUCACCUGCCCCUCCCUCGCCAACCCUGGGAGCCCCCACCUUCCAGAAGGUCUCCCCCUCCCCCCUCCACAAAUCCACCUCUGCCACCCACCCCCUGGACUCUGCGGGGGGGGGGGCGGUGUCACCAUUUCACCCCCUCAAAAGGGAACUGCCCCCCCCCCGCUUUUCUCACACAGCUGCCUUUGCAACACAUUUCUCAAGCCAAGUGGCCUCUUGUUCGCUCUGUGCCCCCCCCGGACCUCCCCUCCCCCCAGCGGGGUCUCAGCUUUGCUCUGUGCCCCCCCCCGGAUCUCCCCUCCCCCCAGCGGGGUCUCAGCUUCGCUCUGUGCCCCCAGACCCCACAACCUUUUUUGCAUAAAACAGAAUUUAAAAACCAUUUAACAAUGCCCCCGCCCCGGCUGGGUGGAGGCCUGGCCGGGGCCGCCCCGUGUAGAUAGGUGCCCCCGCUCGCUGGGCCGUCGUGUUAGCCGUGGCCUGGCCCUGCUCUGUGCCGUCGGGUAGUCGUGGCUUCAAGUUCCCUAGGAGGCAAGAAAAGGAAAAAAAACUUUUUUAAAAACGUCCCAUCCCGAAAUCCCGCCCCUGGUGCUGGCUGAGGCCGUGCGGCCCCCGUGUCCCCCCACCCCCGUGUCCCCCUCGUCGGCUGUCACUAGCGUCUCGAUCGAUGGCUUUUUAUAUCAUCUGUACAGACCGAACCGCCUUCGAAACACGGCGAAAUAAAACCUGAAAGCUG